GCGGCUCCGCUCCUUCUUCCCAUCGGCCUCAGCUUGCGGGCCUUUCAAACAUGGAGGAGCGGGAGCGGGAGUGGGGGGCGAGGUCGCCCGGCGCCGGGAGCCCCGCGCGCCCGCCCAGCCCGCGCCUGGAUGUCAACUCGGACAGCUUCGACCCGCUGCUGGCGCUGUACGCGCCCCGCCUGCCGCCCAUCCCGUACCCCAACGCGCCCUGCUUCAACAACGUGGCCGCGUACGAGACCUUCCUGAGGACCGGGUGCCGGGGCGGCGGGCGCGGGCGGGCGCGGGGCGCGGACCCGGCCUCCGGGGCCCCCGCCGCCGCUGGGCCCUCGGGCAGGACCCGCCGCCGCGCGGACGCCCCCGCCCCGGACCCCGCGCGCAUCGAGCGCCUCCGCCGCCUCAUGGUGGUCAAGAAGGAAGGGGACGAGGCCGACAGGGAGGGCCGCCGGGCCCCGGGCCGGGGCAGGAAGGCGCCGCGCAACGUGCUCACGCGGAUGCCCUUGCACGAAGGCAGCCCUCUGGGUGAACUCCAUCGUUGUAUCCGGGAGGGAGUGAAGGUGAAUGUUCACAUCCGCACUUUCAAGGGACUUCGCGGCGUCUGUACAGGCUUCCUGGUUGCAUUUGACAAGUUCUGGAAUAUGGCACUUACUGAUGUGGAUGAGACCUACCGAAAGCCUGUUCUAGGCAAAGCGUAUGAGCGGGAUUCUUCAUUGACUCUCACAAGGCUAUUUGAUCGACUAAAACUUCAAGAUUCCUCCAAGAAGGAGGCAGAUUCUAAGUCUGCAGUUGAAGACUCCACUCUGUCCAGAUACUCCCAGACAUCCACUUGGAAGGUAGCUUCAGUGUGGGGAAGAGGAGACACUGACCGGGGUUCACGCAAACAUUCCCGCUCCGUCCCUUCUUCCCUACAGGCCUCUACAAGGGAGGAGUCCAGGUCAGAGCUGUCAGGGAGGACUAUGCGGACAGAAGUGUCUAGUGCAGGAGGUACCUUUUCCAGAGCUACUACCCUUUCUAGGGGCCAGUCCCGUAAGAAAAAGAGAAAGCCUAAAGUAGAUUAUCAGCAGGUAUUCACUAGACACAUAAAUCAGAUUUUCAUUCGGGGCGAGAAUGUCCUGCUGGUUCAUCUUGCACAGUGACCAGCUCAGCCUCACUUGAGCUUUGGUUUUUAGAAAUAAAAUGCAUGAAUCACUGUAUGCUGUAUCCUAGUAUGCCAGUAAAACCCUGGGUUGGAAAGAUUCCCUCUGGUACUGCAUGUGUUGAGGAGAGCGGCAGGCUUGGGCUCUCUGGGAGAUGAGCUCCCUCAAGGGGAAACAGGCCUUGGGUGGGUGGGUGUUUCCAUUAAUGUCAAGGCAAAAGCUGCACAUGAGUACACACAUCUGAUCUGGUAUGCUGUACUUCAGACCCUCAGACCAAAUGUAAGAUCUUCCAUUUGAGUCAGGGGUCAUGUAUGAAUUAAAUUCACUCCGUGGACUCUAGCAUGGGGGAGAGAAACUCAUCUCAAAAAGAAUGAUCUCAUUUUAAAAGCUAGUGCCCUGAGUACUCGUGAAUUUGAUUCCAAGAGUAGCAAUAUAAAUUGCCUUGGAGCCUUGCACCUAUAUCUUGUAACUGACUGUUGAGUUUUGCUCUACGCCAUUCUCUCUUAAUCAAGAAGUGUAAUCUGUUAUUUUUGGAUAUCUAUAAGGUCUAAGAAAAUGAUCAAUUUUUGUAAGGGUAAAAUUUGAAUAGUUGGUAUGCUCAAAGCAGCCAGCAAUGAAUGCCCUGUUUUUAUCCUUCUCCUUGUGGGAAGGAUUAUGGGACCUCAUCAGUCUUCCCUUAUCAGAGGUAACUUCUGUGAAUGGCAUACCAGAUGGGAAUAUAAGAUGCUCGUGUGGUGGCUUCUUGUCUUCCUCUCUAACAUCUGUGGCAUGGUGCUAGUGCAUGUACCCUGAUUAUUGCCCCCUCUGUGACCUAUCCUGUGAGCUUUAUGGCAAGAGACUGUGACCUUCAUAUCUGGCUUCAAAGAGUGCUGCAUGAACUCAGUAAUAUACCUGCAUCAUGCAGCUGAGAAUCCCCUUUCCAGGCAGGGCUGGCCCUGUGUAGAAUAUCUUUCAGAGUGGUUUUCAUGAAAUAGCAGUGGUAGUUUUAUUCCCUUGUGUCAGGCCAAAGAGAUUCUCACAAACUACAGUUGGUGGUGUCUGUAAAGAACACUUGACUCACAGCCUGGCUUCAAUAACAGCAAUACCACAGCACUCUCCACUACUACUUGAAUCAUACUAUAUGCUUUUUCAGUCACCAGUGCAGAAUAGGCUAUAUCUUGAUACAGACUGUUAGGCAAUACUGAUUUUUUUUAUUAGUUUAUAUUUGGUUUUAUUUAGAUAACUCAUGUUCAAAGUAUGAAUAAAAAUAGCUAACCAGUUAAAAUGCUUGAAAAGAAAAACUUCCCCUGGUGUAUUUGUUGUGUGACUUAGAUAAGCCUCUGAGAAGCAGGGUGAAUAAAGUGGAUGGAGCUAGAGUGCCAUCCACUAGUUGGGUGCCAUCCACUUUCCUUUCUGCUAGCUGGGUCAGUGGCUCAUCAUAUAAUGAAAGGAGAGCAGACUUAACCCCUCUGUGCCUCAGUUUUCUCCAUUAGACACCUACCUCACAGGAGAACUGAGACAAAGAAUUUUAAGAAGACAUUUUAAAAUCUCUAAACAUGUUUAAGUGCCAUGAGUAAUUUUUACUUACUCUAUUUCAUAGUUUGGUUAUAAUUCUUAUGAGCAAGGCAGGUAAUCUCUGUAUGUGUCAUAAUUAUGAUCUUGCUGUAAUCAGAAGGCAGUGAUAUCUUCAGGAACCAUUUUCCAUAUUCCAUUCCUUUCUCCUAAGGGACAGUGGAAGUUUCAGAAGAAUAUCUUCAGUAAGAGGAGAGUAACAUUUCUUCGCUGCUCCCCUGCAUCCUAGUCCCCACCCUUUUCUGAUCAUUAUCAGAAAGAAUUCCCCUGAACUUCUCAGUGGCUUAUAUGAUACCAAAGGGAGAUCGAGCAUCUAAAAGUGACACAUCCCUAAAAUGGGAUUUGUAGAAAUUGUUUUUGUGCUUGUUUAUUGUUUUUCAUUUUAAACAUGCUUUUUUAGAGCCAGAACAAAUAUACUAAACAUUUAAAGAGGUUCCAGGUCACAAACUUGAGCAAUCAUCUUUGGAAUCUGCCAAUCUAAUCUUUUCUAAAUAGUGUGUCUAAACUCUCAGUUCCCCCAAUUAAUAGUUGUCUUGUUUAAUCACCAAGUACCCCUGCCUCUGCUUCUUUACCAGUCUCCCCUGUUUGGCUAUCCCAUCUGUCUGCCCUCUUGUUGCUCAGCUAGAAACUGUAAUGGAUGCUAGAUUUUCUCCGUAAAGUGGAAAUUUGGAAUCAAAAGGAAUAUAAUCAAUUUGUAUUUCAGUCUAGUGCCUGAGUAAAUCUGACCUGAUUUAUUUAAAACAAUGCUGGUUUUCAUGUUUGUAUAUAAUUUUCAUAUAUCCAUAUAAGGAUUGAUUUACUGCUUUUCUGCCCAACUUCAUAAUUCUG